GGGAAGCCAUUAUCGUUCAUUUGACUUCGCGGUUUCGGGCGACCGAGUGACCAGGUGAGUAAAGAUUGCGACGCUGAGCGCCUCGCUGCUAAGAUCCGUAUAACGCGGCGCAGAAUUAGACUGUGUCAUGAGGACUAUAAGACCUCACAAAGUCAACACCCUGCGAGAAAUCACUCUAGUACCGCAAUGGCUUCUUCCAAUCAAGCUGACACCAUCGCCAGCGACUCGCACGACAAGCUCCACGAUGAGAACGCCAGGCUUUGGGCGGAUAUCGACAACCUUCGCCGACAAAACCACUCCAUCCGCAUGAUGUACCAUCAAUCAGUGGAUUCAAAAAGAGAGAUGCUCCAGUGUCUUCAGAACAUCGAAUUCUAUUUUGGGACUUUGCGCGAGUUGCUCACCGCACCGGACUCCUUGUAUGCGGCGCCAAGCGUCCGAAGAAUCGAAAAUGCGACCACUUUACCGCCUGGGCUUGGGCAGCAAUGUGCGCCUGUGAGGGCAGCGAAACGGAAGGCAGAGACGCAAGUGGGAGUCGUGUACGCAGGCCAACACGUUCCUAGGCCCGCAGACCAAGUUUUCCCCGGGCGCUCAGGCCAAGUCCUCUCCGGGCGCUCAGGCCAGCAGCUCCCUCCGGUGCUCACAGCUGGGCGUGUACAACCGCAGCCGCAACCCGCAGUGUUGAACAUGCGUGUUCCGUUUCCUGGCUGGGAGCUUGAACCCGUGACCCCACCGCCCAGGAACCCCAAUCGGCCCACGAGCCCUCUCUGUGACAUAUAAAUACCUGGGAAGUUACACCUCCGGAACCACGCAGAUAAUGAAAGCUCCCUCAAACUUGUUUCUCGGUGCGCACCUUGACCAGACUCUGAGUUUGCCAGUAAAUUCGUAGUCCUUUGCCGAUAUUCAUGCAUCACUUUACCGCGCUGUGGCUCACUGCUGCCGAUUGGUUGAUAUUGGCAUCGCAGACAUCACUUACCGGGUUCGAGGUUGUCCGGACGUCAACACGGUCUCGAGCGACUUGUGCGUGAUGAAGCUGCCGCUACUUAAUCAUGUAUGUCACGACUCUCACUAUACGGUGGGCGAAAAUGAUUAGGCGUCUGAAGACCUCGGACGCGGGCACCUGUCAGCGUAUCUUCCAUCACU